GCGGAGGCUCCGCCGGCGACUUCCUGGUCAGACCCAGGGACCCGAGACAGCUGGGGACGGAGACUGCCGGGACAAUGACAGAGACGGUGACUCGGAGACCCCCAGCCACACGUUAAGAGACGGCCUGGUGCAGUAACAGAGAGACACGGUUCGGGACAGUGUCAGGAGAGAGGGUGAACAGACAGACAGACGGACAGACGGCAGGCAGGGAUUCGCCUAGAAUGGCACCGAGAGCUUGACAUGAGACCGCCCUGGAAUGAUGGUAGACAGGCUGAACUAGACAGCAGCCCGGGCCAGAGGCUGAGUGACACAUUCACACAUAUCAUAUACAUACAGAUAUAGGUAGAGAGACGGGGCGGCGGACACACUCAUAACAGACACGUAAAAAGAGAACCGGGGGGAGGAUGCAGCCGGCGUGACAGACGGACAUGCACACGAGACACACAGUGACACACUGUCACAUACAAUCCACGCAGCGGGUCACACAGGGACAGACAUGUGACAGAUCCACCCAGCAGUGACUGGGACCGAGAUGAGCUGAGCAUGGACACCAGGACCAGGGAAAAGCCAGAGAGAACCUUCGAUUUGGCUUUGAAAGUGGAGUGUCCGGCGUCCGAGAAUGAAGACCCAGUCUUGCUGUGGAAGUUCCCAGAGGAUUUCUCUGACCAGGACAUUCUGUGCAUGGUGCCAAAGUUCUGCUUUCCCUUCGCCAUCGAAAGAGUAACCCAGACUCAAGUUGGACAGCACUUCACAUUUGUUCUGACUGAUAUAGAAAGCAAGCAGAGGUUUGGAUUUUGCCGUCUGACAUCGGGGGGUAAAAUCUGCCUGUGUAUCCUCAGUUACCUUCCUUGGUUUGAGGUGUACUACAAGCUAUUGAACACUUUGGCAGACUACUUGGUAAAAGAACAGGAAAAUGACUUGAAUGAUAUGUUAAAAUCACUGUACAACCACCCCGUUCCUGACGCUCACACUCCUAUCAGCCUGAGCUUGAACGAACAGCUGUUUAUUUCCAGCGAACACGUUUUAAAAAAUGAGCCAUCUCCUCUGUUGCACUCGUAUUUCAUUACUCCUGAUGUAACCGGACUGCCGACAAUCCCUGAAAGUAGGAACCUGACGGAAUAUUUUGUGGCAGUGGACGUGAAUAACAUGCUUCAGAUAUACGCCAGUAUGCUCCACGAACGCAGAAUCAUCUUCACAUCCCGCAAACUGAGCACGUUAACAGCCUGUGUCCAUGCCUCUGCCUCCCUUCUCUACCCCAUGUACUGGCAGCACAUAUAUAUUCCUGUGCUUCCCCCGCAUCUACUGGAUUACUGCUGUGCCCCUAUGCCUUAUCUUAUCGGAGUUCAUUUCAGCCUCAUGGAGAGGGUUAAAAGCCGCUCACUGGAGGAUGUCAUUGUCCUCAAUGUUGAUACCAAUUCUCUGGAAACACCCUUUAAUGAUCUCGGUGCACUACCCAGUGAUGUGGUCUCGACCCUGAAAAGCAAACUGAAGAAGCAGUCCACAUCCACGGGAGACGGAGUGUCCCGCGCCUUCCUUAGGGCCCAGGCUGCACUGUUUGGGUCGUACAGAGAUGCACUCAGAUACAAACCCGGUGAACCUGUCAUGUUUUGUGAGGAGAGCUUUGUGGCCCAUCGUUCAAGCACCAUGAGGCAGUUUCUUGAGAUGGCUGUCAAUCUUCAGCUGUUCACACAGUUUAUAGAUGGGCGACUGGAGAAGUUGAACUCAGGACGUGGGUUCUCUGACAUCUUUGAGGAAGAAAUCACUUCAGGUGGAUUCUGUGGCGGAAACUCCACACCCUACCAGCAUUGGGUCCACACAGUGAAGAAGGGUGGUGCUCUAAUUAACACUGCGAUGACCAAAGCCAGUCCAGCUGUGAAGAACGCCUACAAAUUUGCCAAGCAGGGAAUGAAAGAGGUGAAGAGCAAGCUAAAGAACAAAGACAUCGAAGAAGAAGAAGACAUAGGAGAUAAUUCUGAAUAUAUCCAUGCUAGGACUUUCCCAUUAAAUAACACAAAUCAGACUGGGAUUAAAAAAAAGAGGAAAGUUUCUCAGACACGAAGGAACAGGCCGCUAACACUCAUGGUGAACCACAACUCAUGUCCAGAGGAUUCCGAUGUGGGGGAUAGCGCCAGCAAGGUGUCCUCAGAAGACAGUGAGGAAGCCUCUGGAUAUUUCUACGAUAGCGAUGCUUCAUAUGAUGACAUCAGCCUCUCAUCUCGGAAGGGUGGGGAAAUGGACCUUCUUGGGGAGAUCUUGGACACAUUGAGCACUCACAGCUCUGAUACUGGAGCAGGGCGUCUCACAGCCGCAAAGAGCCUAGACUUCUUCAGAUCCAUGGAAGAUUUGGACUACAAGGUUCCAAGCAAGCCAAGUGCCCCCAGUGAGAACAGCCCAACGUCUUUGUCUGUGACAUCUGGUAAAAACUGGAACCUCGGUCAGGAUGACAGUGUUCUCUAUAGGAGGCAUCUUCCAUCCUCUCCCCGUAAAACCUGUCUGGAAGUGCCAUCUUACAAAGACUAUCAACGACCCAGGUCGGAGUUCCCGGCAGUCGUUUCCCGUGAUGCUCCUGGAGGGGAAAGUCCUGUGCGUCCCACAUCCGUGUUUUAUGCACAACAGGUGGACAUAGGCUUUAGGGAAAGCAACUGUAAUAAUGCGCUUUCACAGGAGGGUUCAAUGACCCGAGUGCCCUGGGAGAAGGACGCGCAUGAGUUACCAGGCCCGUAACGCAAGGACCCACUGGAUUUUUUUUUGUACUGCUACAAACUCCAGCCUAAAGUAUUCAUGUGGGCAGGUUUGUAUAGAAAUUGGAAUCUGGAUCAGUUACUAAGAAUUUUUCAAACUAUAUCAUUGAUGAAUCCCGACGCUGUCCAGGAUUUAACCGGAUCUCUUUCUCCAGAUCAAAUAUUAUUCACUGGCAUUUCAGAUCUCAAAUAUUAUCAUUAUGUCCGAUUAACUCAUAGGAAUGCAAAUAACAUACAAAGAACAAUACAAAGAAACAUUUCACCUUCUUUCUCACUGGAUAAAAG